AUGAGUGACGAAAGAAUUUCCGACGAGAUCAAGAAGAUUCAACCAAAGCAAUUAGGUCCUGAUAGAAAUGCUCAAGAAAUUGAGAUGAUGGCGAGCUCGUUGGCCUAUUACGAAAUUGCAUCUUCUCGCUUCCUAGAUGUCUUGUGCCAGUCCACUCACAUGAAGUUGUUCCGGACUUGCCGUGCAAGUCUCGUUAAUACUCUUCGUGACGACCUGGAGAUCUUCGGUGACAACGGCCGUGCCCGUUGUCUUGAUCUCAUGGCAGAGGAUCCUGAGCGUCAGCAUCGUCGUACUCAGUUAUUGAAAGAGCGGGAGAAGUUCAGCAAAGCCCAAGAAUGGCUGGACUCUGUCCGAGAUUCGGAUGUUGAAAUGGAAGAUUCCGACCAAAAUGCUCUCGCAGAGAUCAAAGAGGAUUGGUAA